AUGGACAGAGUUCUAUGUCAUGGUGAUUUAUGGUCAACGAACAUACUUUGGAAGCAAAGUGGCGACAAGCUCUGCUUGGCUGCUCUUGUGGAUUACCAGAUUGCUCAUUUCGGAUGUUCUGCAACCGAUCUAGUACGGUUAUUCUCUUCAUGUCUCAGCGGUAGAGACAGGAGAGAACAUUGGGAGGAACUACUGGACGACUACUACGAGUAUCUUAAAGAGGAAACAGGCGGCAUAGAAGUGUCCUACAAUCUCGAUCAGCUGAAGGAAGCGUACCGUCAAAUCUUCCCCAUCGGUGCCUAUGUGAUCCUGCAGGCCAUAGAACCUCUAUACAACAUUCAUAGCAAGACUCUCGAAAAGGGACACAAAGAGAGCUUGGAGACUGCCAUGGAAAAAAUUGAGUGCUUGUUGGAUGAUAUCAUACAUUAUCACGAACGAAAUAUGGAGUCAAAGAAUAGCAGCUCACAGACUAGCCACGAAAAUCUCUGA